CUCUCUCUCUCUCUCUCUCUCUCUCGAUUCUCUAAUGGUCAUUGAGUAGCAUUUGUGACGAAGCUAGGUCCAUUUGCUUUGUGCCCACUUCGAGACUUCCAAUAUUAGCUUGAUGGGUAAUAAGUUCAAGAUCUGAUUUUUCUUUUCUUUUUGAUUUUAUUAUUUCUCUCUUUCUCUCUAUCUCGUUGGGUAGAUCUUUUUGAGAGAAGAAGAAGAAGAAAAAUGGGAAGCAAAUGGAGAAAAGCGAAGCUGGCUCUUGGGCUCAACAGUUGUCUCUACGUUCCCCAAACUUCCGACGACUCUUCGCCCUCAAACGGCGUCGCUUCAGCCAGGUUAUCCGACGUCGUUUCGAACCCUUCUGCGCUUUCCCCGACCGAUCAUGGCCCCGAUCGCCGCCCAACGACGCCGACCCCAUCGUCGUCUGGUCUCCGAUUGUCCAAAAGCGGAACCAAGUCCUCCAAGAGGACCUGCGCAAUAUGCCUUGCCACCAUGAAGCCAGGGCAGGGACACGCCAUUUUCACCGCAGAAUGCUCGCAUUCAUUUCACUUCCACUGCAUCACCUCUAAUGUAAAACAUGGGAACCAAAUUUGCCCAGUUUGCAGGGCAAAAUGGAAGGAAAUACCCUUUCAGAACCCUUCUUGUAAUCUUCCGAAUGGCCCGCUAAGAAUCAACCCAGUUGGCUGGCCUCAAGAUGAUGCAUGGAUGACUGUUCUACGACGGCUUCCUUCGCCUCGGAUGGAGGCAGGCCGGCAGAUUGCCUCACUGUUUCAUGCCGCAGAGCCGGCUGUCUUUGAUGAUGAUGAAGUAUUGGAUCAACAACCUGAGAUCAGUGACGGAAGUGCAUCAAAAGUAGAUGCUACCAAUUACAAUCGUGCUCAAAUAGUGGAUAUCAAAACACAUCCCGAAGUUUCAGCUGUCCCAAGAUUAAGCUCUCACAAUAACUUCACGGUGUUAAUCCACCUAAAGGCUCCUUUCAUCUCUAGAGAGAAUAGUGGUAAUCAAGCAUCUCAAAAUCCCCGUGCCCCUGUUGACCUUGUCACAGUGCUUGAUGUUAGUGGCAGCAUGGCAGGCACAAAGCUUGCUUUGCUAAAACGAGCUAUGGGUUUUGUGGUACAGAACCUCGGUCCUUCUGAUCGGCUCUCGGUCAUUGCCUUCUCCUCCACAGCUCGCCGUCUCUUCCCGCUCCGUCGUAUGACCGAGAGUGGAAGGCAGCAGGCACUACAGGCUGUUAAUUCUUUGAUCUCAAAUGGUGGAACUAACAUAGCUGAAGGCCUCAGAAAAGGCGCCAAGGUGCUAGGGGAUCGCAAAUUGAAGAACCCAAUUGGCAGUAUCAUACUUCUUUCUGAUGGACAGGAUACGUAUACUGUCAAUGCUUCUAAUGGGUCAAAUGCCCGAACAAAUUACCAGUCACUUCUUCCCAUCUCGAUUCAUCGAAACAACGGUGCAGGCUUGCACAUUCCAGUACAUGCAUUUGGAUUUGGUGCGGACCAUGAUGCUUCCUCUAUGCACUCCAUCUCCGAGAAUUCUGGUGGGACAUUUUCGUUCAUAGAAGCUGAGAGCGUGAUCCAGGAUGCAUUUGCGCAAUGCAUUGGGGGGCUGCUGAGCGUGGUUGUGCAAGAACUUGAGGUUAAUGUUGAGUGUGUUCAUCCGAGUUUGCGACUGGGUUCAAUAAAAGCAGGAAGUUAUCCGACAAUGAUGAUGGCUGAUGCAAGAAUAGGAUCAAUCAGAGUUGGAGACUUGUAUGCCGAAGAAGAAAGGGACUUUUUGGUGAAUGUUGAUGUUCCAGUUGAAGGAUCUAGUGCCGAGACUUCACUGCUGACUGUGAGAUGUGUUUUCCGAGACCCCAUCACCAAAGAAAUGGUUUCGCAAGAAGCCAUCGAAGUAAAGAUCCAGAGGCCUGAGGUAACCAGGCAACAGCUAGUGUCAAUUGAAGUGGACAGGCAGAGAAACAGGCUCUGCGCCGCAGAUGCAAUGGCUGAAUCUAGAGCUGCAGCUGAGAAUGGCGAUUUGGCUGGCGCAGUCUCUAUCCUUGAGAGCUGUCGUAGGGCAUUAUCUGAAACUGCCUCUGCACAAACCGGAGACAGGUUAUGCACUGCUCUCUGCGCCGAGUUAAAGGAGAUGCAGGAGAGGAUGGCAAACCGUCGCGUGUAUGAGGAAUCCGGAAGAGCCUAUGUUUUAUCAGGACUGAGCUCACACUCAUGGCAGAGGGCAACCGCAAGAGGUGAUUCCACAGACAGCACAACCCUUCUGCAGAGUUACCAAACUCCAUCCAUGGUAGACAUGGUAAACCGGUCGCAGACCAUGGUUUUCGGGAACCCUCCUCAAAGAAGUCUCCAGCCUGCUCAGUCAUUUCCAACCCGAUCAACUAGGCCAAGGUAAUCAUCACAAGUGUCCUUUAAGAAGGGUCUCCUCACCCUUAUAGUUUUAUAUCUUCUAUAUUAAUAUAGAUGGACCAUUUUGUUUCCUUGUUAAAUUGUGCUUAUUGUGGUUUUUGGGCAACAAGAGAGAUAAUUGGGAGUUUUGGUGUCUUCACAUGGUGGGGGUAUAUUUCCUUGUUUUGGUAAUGUAUAUGAAUAAGCAAUUGGGGGAAAAUGGAAAUAGGUGAGAUAAUAGGGGCCUGGUAACAAUUGUGAAAAAGGAAGAGGUGGGAGCUGGGGUUUACCGAUAAGUGGUGUUUUGGAUGAUGUACAUAAAGCACUGUUUUUCUUUCCUUUUUGGUUUUUGUUUAUUUUUUUUUCUUUCUUUGAGAAGAGGGGGGGUAUAGCAUUGUAAUUGUGGGGAUACUUGAGGUGAAUUUUUUUUCACUGUGCUAUGUUAUGACAUAUAUACUCCUGAUUCUUUUCA